AACAUGUAUUCAUUCAUACAUGAUGCUCUUGUGUUCUCUAAAAGUAAACAAUUGUUUCUGUGAACACUGAUGUAAAUUCAUGCAUUGUUGCUAAUGGAACAGUUCUGUGCCAAAAAUGUCUACAGAAAUGAUGUGAGCUUGAUUCAGCAGUCAGACUGAACCACAAAAUCUGGUUCACACAAACACUCAUUUCUUUGAUUAAUAAUUUUCCCUGUCAUUGUUUAGUGUUUGCUUGAAUUAGUAUAUUUACAGGUUCAUCCUUUCACCAUGGCUUGCAUUUGUGAAUCAAAAGUAUAGAUUAACCUUCACUACAUUAUAGUCAGUUUGUGUACUUCACAGGUCCUGAUGCCGAAACUUUUUAGGAUUUAUCAGCUUGACUCAGCUAACCCUACUGGUUCUGGAGACACGAGCAGUUUGACUAUUUUCAGCUCAAUUGCAAUACGACUGGCCCCUGGCCACUGGAAGCUCAUCAAAAACAAGAACAUUCCUGCUCAGAUAGAGGCUGAUGACUGUGGUAUUUUCAUGAUCAUGUAUGGUUUAUACAUGGCACUCGGUUGGCCAUUUGACUUCAGCCAGCGUGAUAUCCCACAGCUCCGGAGAUGGUGGUGCCGAAUUCUUUUAGAGAACAUGUCAAAUGAAGGAAUGACUAGCUGUAAUGCACCAGAAGAGGCAAGUGAGCAGGAUGAGUGCAUGAAGAAGGAACCUGCCAGGAAAGUUCAGCGCGUUGAACGUGUGACUGAUGAAGGAGAUAGAAUGGGCCACGUCUCCUUUGACCAGAUGCCCCUUGUGGUCAUUGAGGACAUUCUCAUAGACACAGUUCUGGAAGAGGGUGACAAAGCUUUUUUAAAGCUGUCACUGGUUUGUCGUCUCUUCCGGGACAUUGUUGGACAACAAUCAUUCCGGGCCCGGGCACAUUUCGAGUGGCUUGACAGUGUAGUGCCAUGGAAACAUCACAGUGCUGCAUAUAAAGACGAGUUUCGCAGGAUGUAUGAACUGCAGUGCUGCCAGAACUGUCAAGACAUUUAUAAAGACUGCAUACCGGGCUACGUUGGGCGUGGGAGACGAGGUGAGCUUGUGGCAUUUUACAGCGAAAACGAGCACCCUGGAUUCUGCAGCCAGUUCUGCAGCCAGCUUUACGAGGAUCUGGGUGUGUGAUUGGCUGGGUGUGUGAUUGGCUGGGUGUUACAUUUUUAAAUAAAGACUUUUGUAUUUGUUCCCUUGUGUUGUGUGAGUGGCUGGGUGUUACAUUUUUAAAUAAAGACUUUUGUAUUUGUUCCCUUGUGUUUGACCAAAGCAUGUAACCAAACAUUUUAAAGGCUUGUGUGCCAAUAAAUGCCAAUAAAGAUAUUGUAUUUGAUUGGACAAA